CACUAUUUUGAAAUAUUUUAUUCAUAAAGUUUCCAACUUAAAUUAACAAGAGACACAUAUGUAUUGCAUAAUACAUAAUCACUUAAAAAUGCACAUUUUGUAAUAUUUAUUGUUUGUUAAUUAAGGCGGUUGCCACAAUAUCUAGUAAUAAAAUGUUUUAUUUUUUCUUUCCAAAAUGGAUGCAAAACAGUGUUGAGUAUGAGUUUUGGUGGUGGGUGAAUUGUGUACCAUACAAUCAAGUUGGGAAUCGACAUCGCACGUCGAAGAUUGUUGGCAGCCUUACGUCCAAGUAUAAUGCUCUUCACUUAAUUUGGCCCCACCACCACACACCUAUCUUACUCCUGUUCGGUUGAGACUCCAUGAAUUUCAAAUCCUUCCCAUCUUUUCAUCUCAAAGUGAUCAUAAUAAAAAACAAACAAAUAGUAAAUUAAUUAAAAAUCAAAAAAUGAUAUUGAAUCGAAGAUGACUACUUUUUCUUUCUCUAUUUUCCUUCCCCUUCCCUCAAUAUUCUCUUUCAUAUAACUUUCUUUCACCCAUUUAGAUUUUCUCUCUCCUGAAUGAAAAAGUCUUAUAUUACUUCCAUAUUUUCACCAACUGCAACCAAACCAGAAUCAAAGCUUGAAUUGAAAGCCUUCUUAGUUAAACUUCAAGGCCACCAUAUCUCUCGAUACCUUGCAUGUACAUUAACUAAGCCAUUCUCUCUCUCUCUCUCUCUCUCUCUCUCUCUCUCUCAUUCAAAGUUUAUAUUUUUACGAAGGGAAAUUUCGUUGAAAAUUAUUUACAGAAUGGAAGAUACUAUGUUCUCAAAGCUCUCGGACGAUGUCGUUCUUAAAAUCUUCUACAAGCUCGAAAACGACCCACGAAACUGGGCACGCGUGGCCUGCGUUUGCACAAAGUUCUCUUCUCUGAUUCGCAACGUUUGCUGGAAGAACAAAUGUCUGAAGACUAUUCCUUCCGUCGUCUCCGAUCUCAUGUCCGGCCCCGCCGAGCCGCUCGGAGGUUGGGCAGCGCUUCACAAGCUCACCGUUUGUUGCCCUGGCCUGGUCCACUCAGGGGUCCUUCUAGAAAAUUCCGAUUUCGGUCUCGAGCGGGAGAUCGGACCCGAUGAGAAUUAUCGCAAAUUGGGUUCGCCUCAAUUGGUGACGAAACCCAUAAAAGGGCCUUUUUUAACUCAAAUUGAGGCAAAUCCUCAAGUGGGUACGUCUGGUUCCGAUUGUUCUUGGUCUCUUUUCGACGAUCUUUACAACGAUACCGUUUACAAUGUCUCCGAAGCUGAAGAUUAUCCCCAAAUCAACCAAGAGGUUAUUAAAAAGGGUGUUUUCAAAAUAGAACGAGAAUCAACUGUAGUUAAAAGGAGAAAGGUUUGUCGAUCGAUGAGGUCACAUUUGGCUUCUGGGUUUUGGACUCUGAGUCGUGAACAGGGGAAUAAGCUUCUCCAUAGUCGGUUCCGUGGAGAUUGCUUGUACAUUUGUAAUUUGCCUGGGUGUGUUCACUUCGAAGAGAAACGAAAUUACAUGCUUUUCAGAGGAAUUUUCAAGGAUUUCAAAGGGUCACAAGUGUGGAGAACGAUUAAAGAUAGUAAGCGUAACAAGAUUGAUCUCAAGUGUUCGUUCUGCCAUUGUAAUGAAACUUGGGAUCUCCACUCUUCCUUCUGUUUAAGGCGAGUUUUUGGGUACCAUGAUGAUGGUGAGCCUGUUGUUCGUGCUUAUGUCUGUGAAAAUGGACAUGUUUCUGGUGCCUGGACAGAUUUGCCUUUGUACACUUAAAUAAUAUUUAAUUUUAUUUCUCUUCUUUCUUUCUAUAGGAAAGAGAGUUUGUUGUUUUUUUAUUAUUAAUAUUUGAGUUCUUGUCUCACUCGAUAAAGGAAUGUGUGGUUUGAUUAGGAUUCUUUUAUCUAUGAAGAUACACAUUUUCUAUGAGAAUGUGAAAUUUCAUGAUGAAAUCCUCGUGCCUAUAAUAAAUUCAAGCUUUCAUUUUUUGUUGAA